GUAAUUCCCCUUCUCUGGCGUUUGAACUGUUGUGAACUCACAGUUGCUCGGGGAGACCACGCUCGCUACGCUUUGCCAGUUUCUAUUCCAUUUCUCAUCGAGAAUUUAUCUCAUAAUUGUUUCAGAUUUAAUGUUUUUAUUUAUCCCCCGUUAUCCUCAUCCUGUACAUCCUGAGUACAAAGCUUCAAUAUGCCUGUUACAUCAGAAGUGACUUCGGAUUAUUCAGGAUCUCUGACUCCAACAUCUUCUGAGGAAGAAAGUGAAGAAGAAGAGGAGGAUGCUCACGGAAAGAAAGUUUCGGAAAGCUCAAGUCUUCUAUGGUCUGGCACAGGAGCAAAGAGAAUCGCUUUCAUCAUGUUUAGACCAGAAUCUUUGAUUGCUCGAGAUAAGCGACUUAAGUCAAUUGGAGAAAAAUAUCACCUCGCUUAUAAAAUGGUGAAGACGGAAAGCAAAUUAGUGAGAUCUGUUCUUUCAACAUACGGAUUUCAUGAGGUUCAUCCAAACAGCCCUGAUUUCAAUCUCAUGUGGACAGGAGCUCACUUGAAACCAUUUUCACUGAGAACUUUACAAGAUUUUCAAAAAGUCAACCAUUUUCCAAGAUCUUAUGAAAUAACAAGAAAGGACAGAUUAUUCAAGAACAUAGAUAGAAUGGCACAUACGAAAGGAGCGAAACACUUUGAUUUUAUGCCAAAAAGUUAUUUGAUGCCUUCUGAAUAUCAAGACUUCUGUGCUGCUUAUGUGAAAGACAAAGGACCAUGGAUAGUAAAACCUAUUGCGUCAUCUCGAGGGAGAGGAAUCUAUCUCAUCAAUAAUCCAAAUCAAGUACCUCUUGAAGACAACAUUAUGGUCUGCAAGUACAUUGCCAACCCUUUGCUCAUUGAUAGUUUUAAAUUUGAUAUUCGUGUCUACAUCGCAGUAACUUCAUAUGAUCCACUUAUGAUUUAUUUAUUCGAAGAAGGACUAACCAGGUUUGCGACUGUAAAGUAUGAAAAAACACAUCGUCACUUGAAAAACCAAAUGAUGCAUCUGACUAAUUACUCAAUUAAUAAAAAGAGCCAUGAUUAUGUCAGAUGUGAAGACCCAGAUGUUGAAGAUUAUGGAAAUAAAUGGAGUAUGAGUGCAAUGUUAAGAUAUUUAAAACAAGAAGGAAUUGAUACAAAUGCAUUAAUGAUGAGAAUUGAAGCUGUUAUUAUUAAAGCUAUUAUUGCUGCAGAAUUACCAAUUGCAACAGCAUGUAAGAUGUUUGUUCCGAACAGAGAAAACUGCAUGGAAUUGUAUGGUUUUGAUAUUCUUGUUGACGAGAAUCUGAAGCCAUGGUUACUUGAAGGAAAUCUGUCACCAUCUUUAGCAUGUGAUGCUCCGCUUGACUUGAAGAUCAAAUCUUGUAUGAUUUCUGAUUUUUUCAGUUUAGUUGGUUUUCAGUGUGUUGAUCCUCUGACACGAAGACAAAAGAAAGAUCAAAUGAGGCGACCAUACUCUGCAAAAGGCCUUUCUGGGGCUACACCCAUGCAGGGGAUGCAAUCAAAGAGACCUGUGUCUGCUUCUGGUCCUAAAGAGCCAGGUGUAUCAGGUUUGAGUAAUGAGGAAGCGAAGGUACUCAGGAUUGCAAAAGAACAAUAUCAGCGACGAGGGAGUUUCAUUCGAAUUUUUCCAACUCCUGAAACGUGGGAAUUAUAUGGAUCUUUUCUUGAAUAUAAAUCAAAUCUCAACUUUGUACUUGCGCAGAAACUAUUCCCUGAAAGAGUUAAAUCCAAAGCAUCAUCAGGGGUAUAUUCCACUGCUGUUGCAAGGAUGAGAAGUAUUGCUGCAGGACAAAUGUUGGAGAGCAGAAAUCGAGUUAUGACUGAACGAUUCAUGCAAUACGAGAGAAAACUUCUUUCCCUUGAAUCUCUCAAGAACAAGAAAACUAAGAAAGCAGUUAGUAGGAAAAAAAGCAAAGACACACCCAUUGGUGUUGACAACAAAUCUUUAGCUCAAGGUCAGUUGAAAAAAUCUUCAAGGUCAACGGCGAGACAGAGUGAUGAUUCUGAAGAAGAAGAUGACACUGAUUCAGCCGAUGAUUCCGAAACUGAAAGAACAACGAAAAAAGAGAUUUCCAAACCUACACAUAAACUUUCAACUUCAGCUACUUCAAGUGUAAAAUCUUCCACAAAGGCUUCUACUUCUCAGAAGCAAAAGAAUACAGUUGCUCAAAAACCAGCAAUUACAGGUGGAGGUGGUGACUUGAAUCCACUGACAAAAUCAGCUUAUGCAUCGGCAAGAAAUUCCACGUCUGCAAAAUCGCAAGUCAAGCAAAGUGCUUCGUCUUUAACUUCUAGUAGCAAAACAAGUAUGUCAUCAAAAAGCAGCAGUGGUAAAAAUGAUAAAAAGACCAAGAACUCUAACGAUACUGUCAUAACCAGACAGCAAGGUCAAUCACAAAGAGUGUAUACAUAUAAAAAUGUUGAAAAGAUCACUGACGAGGGCGGAGGUGAUGCAAAAUCUUGUGCUACCCCUGAUAAUCAACCGGUAUCUGACAGUGAUGAUUCAACUGAUUCUUCUUCUGAUGAAAACGAUGAACAAGCUGUCACACCAAAGCCUAGGCAACCGCAAAAUAAAAGUUUGUCAACCAUUAAACAUGGUACAGUCAAUGCUAAUAGUCCUCGUACCAAACAACAGAAAAAAACACUUGAUGUCCUACAUGCUCUCAAAUCUGGUGGGAACUUGGGGAAAGUGCAAGCUCGCCAAGCAUUUUCUGCUUAUUUAUCCAGAGUGCAACAGAGAUUAAUGGCAGAAUCUGAAAGUCAUUCGCAACCAAACGCAGAAACUGUUACAAAGCAAGAAGAGCAAAUGGAUCUUGUUUUACGAUUCUUGAAACGUGCUGCAGGAAAUCUCAAACAGUCAUUUGCUGUUGUUGUGCCAAGUAGAAGGUUGUGCCUUCCUGAUCGAAAAAGAAUUCUUGCAAAACAACUGGGUGAUUUCGUUCAUAUUUAUAACAAAGAAACUGACACAAUGGAACAGAAACAGAGUUUGGGGCUGGAAAAAGAAGCUGUUGAUGCCUGGACAGAAUCUGUGCAAGAAAUUUCACGCAUCAGAGAUUCAGAUUUUCGAUUUUUUGUUCUGUCUGCAUCAGAAGCAGAAUUAGAAGAAGUACUCACAACUUAUACUCACAAAAAUAAAUCUGCAUCUGUAUUUCUUGGAGCAAGCAAACCUAAAUCAAGAGAGAAAAGAGAAAUUUCAACCCCUGCAACCAUGGCGACGGCUACUUCAACGUCGACACUGUUACAAUCUCGCAAUAGAUUGACAACAAUUGAUACUUUGCCUUCACAACCUCUUGUCCAAACUGGGAAAAUGUAUCAAUCUGAAGAACAUAGAGAAGAUUUAUACGAAUUAAAUCUUCAUCGGAGAAGUCAGUCCGCAUAUUCCUCUUUUCGAAUGAGAUCUCCAUCUCCAGCAUCUUCUGUAGCGAGUUUGUCGUCUCGUCCUGUCACAGUCUCCUCUCAUUCUCAUCAUGGACCUCCUCACCCAUCGGCAGCUUAUCUAAAUCAAAUCCAGAAACCAAAUUCUGCUGUCAGUUCUUUACAACAAGCUGCGUAUGUCUAUAGUUCCAAACUGACACCUCCGUCAUCUGUUUUAAAUGUAACCACCAAUCAACAAUCGAACCAAAAAAGGCCGUCCAGUGCAAGAGAUUUCAAUCCAGUUUCGCAGAGUAACUCACAAAGCAACCAUUCUAAUAGUCGACCAGUAUCUGCUGCUACAGGCAAUGCAAAUAGUUUAGGAGGGAGUCUUCAUUACCAAACAGGACUGGUACGCCCUAGGAGUCGCAGUCUUCCUGUCGAUUGUUGGGAACUUUUUGGAUUGUUGCAGGUAAAAAACGGCGGGAAGUCAGUUGGUGAAUGGGGCGAAUUCCAUGUUAAUAAGUACAGUCGGAUUUCAUGCGGAGGAGUAAAGAACACUGCUGUCGUGGAAGCAAAUGACUGGGAAAAGAGAGUCGAAGAUGAUGUUUUUGUGUGGACUGCACCCAGUGAAUGUGAUUUUUCUGCAUCGUUUUAUAUACCUACGGUUCGAGUGAUUAAAAACGACAACGAAUACUCGCCUAAAAUGGUAACGCGUCUGGAAUGUAUUCAAGACACAAACGACCCACAUGCGAUGCCGGAAAUGUAUUCAGGAGAUGCAUGCACCAACAAUCACACUAAGAUUCCUACAAGCAAUACUGGGUUUGAAACAGAUUUUGGGGGAUGGUGGAAUGAACCAACAGCGGCAUUGAGAUGGACAAGACAAUCGGGACCAAGUCCGUCCCCUCAAACUGGUCCAAUGCAGGCUAUUGAAGGAAAAUGGUACAUUCAUGCUGAAGGAAGCUAUCCAGCUAGACCAGGAGAGCAAGCAAUAUUAAACAAUCCACCCGGACUAGAAGGUUGUGCUUGCGUCAGAAUAGAAUGCCAUAUGUUCGGUGGACCAGGAUUAAGAUUCGACUUCAAAAUCAACGGUGAUAUUUCCUUCAGUCAUGUCGUGUCUCUGGAUGAGUGGAUCCGUGCUUAUUCGACUGUAAAUGUUCCUGGUGGUGCCUUGGUCCAACUUGUCAUGACAAGAGGAGAUGAUUUUCGAGGUGAUCUCGCAAUUGAUGACAUCACAAUAGAGCCUGGAAUGUGUGCCGAGGACGUUCGUCUCAAUAAAGUGCUUUGAAUCAUUUGAAUGCAUCACGUGAAUUUGCGAUGGAAAAAUGUAUUAAAUUUAAGCACAAGAA